AUGGGGCUGCUCGCACAGCCUCGGACUUUGGUAACGUUGGUCUCGGGUCGAUUGGCAUCGAGGAUUUCCGAACUCCAGCCACAAAUCUUACAAUCGAUUAUCACGCUUUUAUGUCAGACCAACAGAGACUUCAGCCCUACGGCCUCUCCUACCCCGCAAGUGUGGUACUUUUUCGAUAUUCUCGAGUGGCUGCGGAACACUCAAACUGAGCCUUUCGCCAAUGCAAAGCAUAUGGAGCGGAGACAACCUUAUCAAGUGUUAGGAUAUGUGAGAUGUUAUUUUGAGCUCAGCCAACAAUUUUUUACGAGUGUUACUGCAAUAGGAAGCUUCUCAUUCCAAGCAACGACUGGCAAGCCAACCCACUGUGGCGAUAUCGAUGAAAGGUAUCUUACUCAUGGAAUUGGACAAGUCGUUCACCAUGCUCAAUAUGAGAUUUUACGACUGGAUUGA